GCCACUCUUUGGAAGAUGAGGACCAGGAAACCUCCCUGCCCAGUAGAAAAAGUGUGGGUGGAGAAGCACAAAUACGAUGAAGCAGAGAGACUUCAUUAUGAAAGAGAAGCCACCCUGGCUGCUGCUGCCCCGGAGGAGUGCCAGGAGGUAGAGGCUGUAAAUGGAAUCUGCAAUGAUGACUCUGCUGAAAGUGAAGUCAAGGGAGACCUGAAGAAAACGAGGAAUGGGAAGAAACAGAGGAAAGGGAAACGUUCUCCCAAACCCAGAAAUGUGGCCUCUAAGUUAGACUCUGUGCUGGCUGGUUUGUCAGCUGACUGUGUGUGGUUUGAGAAGCCUUUCUAUGAUCAAGCUGAGAACCUGUACAGGCAGAAAUUAGUGGAUUGUCAGAAUGAGGAGGAGGCACCUGAGACUCCACUAGCUGCUGAGCAGUCCCCUUUAGUGGCCAGGGCAAAAGCUGUCCAAGAUGUUCCCAAGCCAAGGAUGCUUUCAGCAGCCCUGCCCUGCUCCCAUGGAAACCUGUCUGCCUGUCACCAUGUUGUUCAGGACGUAUGGGUCAACAAGUUUGACUUUGACAGGGCUGAGGGGAUGUUUAUUGAAAAAACUCAGUUCUUUGUCCCUCCAAAUGUCCUCACCAUCCCCUCUGUGGGGUCAGGCGUUGGGCUGAGGACACCAGAUGAGGGUUAUGUUACAGCCCUGCCUACUCCUGCCACGCCAGGCUUGGCUCCAGAUGUUGCUGCAGACCCUGCUUCCUCCUCCAUUCCCAGUGUGCCUGGCUCUGUCCACCAGACAGUCAAUGGCAAGCCACAGAUUUCAAGCUUGCAGGCUCUCAUGUCCGAGGUGUGGCUGGAGAAACCUCUCUAUGACGGUGCCGAGAAGAUCUUCUACGAGAACAUGUUUGAUGGGCAUCCAUUGGGCCAAGCCGGGCAGCAGCAAGGGCUGAAGAACCCCCAGGAGGACAGGAAGGACCACAGAGGUGGAGAGGAAGCAGCCACCAAGCACCUGGAGAUGGCCACCAACUCUCCACCUACCUGCUUUUUCUUACACGAGGACAGUGAGACCGUGUGGCUUAACAAGCCGACGUACGACAGCGCCGAGUCACGGUUCUAUGCAGCUGAGGCCCUGGGCAUGGCAAGAGCAGGAGAGAGGACAGGGGUGGAGGAAUCUGCUGUAGUAAAUCCCUCCCAGCCAUCUCCUUCUGCUUCCAGCGUCCCGGUGCCAGAAAAGAAAAAAAUGGCAGUGGACUACUUGGUGCAUGAGAAGGUCUGGUUUGAGAAGUACAAGUACGACGACGCGGAGAAAAGAUACUAUGAGCAGAUGAACGGGCCCGUUGGCAGCUCUUCACGCCAGCAGGAGAACGGAGCCAGCACGAUCCUACGCGACAUUGCCAGAGCCAGGGAGAAUAUCCAGAAAUCGCUGGCCGGACAGAAGACAGUUCCUCGUAGUAAAGAAGCUCCUGCCCGUCACAAGAGGCAGUCAGGCCGCUCAACUAGUGCAAACACCACCUCUCCUGGGCCUGCUGGUGACCAAAAUGAGCUCCUUGCCAGAAUUUCUCACCUGGAGGUAGAAAAUCAAAACCUCCGCAGUGUUGUCUCAGACCUUCAGAUGUCCAUCUUCAGGUUGGAAAGCCGCCUGAACGCUCUGGAGAAGUCAUCUACCUCCCACCAGCCCUCACCAGUUCCUCCAACCCAGAAAGUGGAACCUUUCAGUGUUCCCUCCAAGAAGGUGGAGCUCCCAUCAGCUUCACCAGCAAAGAAAGCUGAACCAGCUGCUGCAGAGGAAGAUGAUGAUGAUGACAUUGACCUUUUUGGAAGUGAUGAUGAAGAGGAAGACCAAGAGGCUGCCAAAGUCCGGGAGGAGAGACUGCGCCAGUACGCGGAGAAGAAGGCCAAGAAACCUGGUCUGAUUGCCAAGUCUUCCAUCCUUCUGGAUGUGAAGCCAUGGGAUGAUGAGACUGACAUGGCCAAGAUGGAGGAAUGUGUCCGGUCCAUCCACAUGGAUGGGCUGGUGUGGGGAGCCUCCAAACUGGUCCCAGUGGGCUAUGGCAUCAAGAAGCUCCAAAUCCAGUGCGUGGUGGAGGAUGAGAAAGUGGGGACAGACAUCCUGGAGGAGGAGAUCACCAAGUUUGAAGACUAUGUGCAGAGCGUGGACAUUGCUGCCUUCAACAAGAUCUAGAGGCAAGAACUGUAUCCCCAUCCCUUCCUCCCCCACCUGAAACUGUAACUAAUAAAGGUCAGGAUUGGGAAGUGCAAA